AUGGAUCUCGACGGCGAUGUGGACGACGACCGUCGUCGGUGCUAUCGCGGUCUACUACUGGCGGCGGCAGUAGCGGAGACGCGGUUUCGUGGCGUGCGCAAGCGGCCGUGGGGGCGGUUCGUGGCCGAGAUCAGGGACCCCUGGAAAAAGGUCAGGGUGUGGCUCGGAACCUUCGACUCGGCCGAGGCUGCCGCCCUGGCCUACAACUCCGCCGCUCGCGCGUUCUGUGGUUCCAAGGCCAAGACCAACUUUCCCUUCGCUGCCGCCGCUGCUGCGUCUCCCACCCCUACUCCUGCAUUCCGCUGCCCUCCCUCCGCCCGGUUUCCCUUCUGCGACGACCACCAUGACCCCCCGACGUCCUCUCUGCAACGGCCGACGUCGAGCAGCCACAACAGCACCGUGGAGUACUUCGGCAGGCCAUGUCUUCCUACGCCUGCGUUCGCGACGCUGAGCCACCGAUGUGUGUCGCAGCUAGAGAAGAAGGCCAAACCACUUCCCCAGAGAAUUCCAGACAACGACGAAAACUGCCACAGUGACUGCGGGUCAUCGGCCUCCGUCGUUGACGACGAGCGUGACAUCGCUUCCACAUACCGGCAUACACUUCCGUUUGAUCUUAACCUUCUCCCUUCCCCCGAUGACGACAUCCAAGCCACGAUUCUCUGA